AUGCCCGAGGAUUUAGGACCAGUGAUGCCCCUCGGAAGGGAAGAAGUGGUGCUCGACAACGCGAACUCGAAGGCAUCCUCGGGGAAAAAGUCACAUGGGUUUCAUCUGGUCAGAUCAAAGUUCGAUCCGUAUCCUUGGAUCGACUCGGUCGACAGUCAAAGCAGCGCGGAAAUCUCCGGACUCAGGCCGGGGGACUGCCUGCUGGAGAUCGACGGCCAAGACGUUCUCGGAUUGGAGAUGAAAGAAAUGGCCCGCUUGAUCGGCAAAAAGGAGGAUCGCGUGCGUCUGAGCGUGUGGCGACGGCCACCGAAAAAUUCCUCGCACGGCGAUCGUUCCACCUGCCCGGGAGCCAAGGACACCUGGGACGAUGACUCAUCUGCUCAGGGUGCGCUGCUGGAAGGUCCUCUGCCGGAAAUCGCGCGGAAACUCGUGCGCGCCGUCUCGGGCGUCGUUCACGCCCUGGAGUGUCCAAUCUGUUUCGAGAGCGCCGCGCCUCCGGUGGCCCAGUGCGUGCACGGGCACAUACUCUGUUUCGGGUGUCGAUUGAAGACCAACCGGUGCCCGAUCUGCCGCGUCAGACUGGGCCAGGGUCGGUGCCUGCUCGCCGACACGUCGCACCGGGUGCUGACCGAGGCGCUGGUCGAUCAGCCGCUACCGAUCGCCGACCACCCCGACGAGGAAGCCGUUUCUCCGACAGCUGGGACCGUGCGUUCGUUGCGAAACGUCAUCUUUGGGCCAUCGUCGAAAUCGGCAACAAGGGGGGACCAGUUCCAUCACCGGCUCUCCAAGGUGCUGGUGCCAACGAGAAGCAGCAGCAGUAGACUGGACGAGGGGCGCAACGCGUCCACGGAGAGUUUGCCGGCGUCGACGAGUUGCGCCAUGGAUGGGAAUCUGUUGUACGGUCGCAGGUGGCUGUUGAGGCUGUACGACAGGCGCAAGUCGGCCAGCACGGGUGAGCUGAGCAAAACGUCCCGGGAGGAUGGCAGGCCGGGGCGCUUCGCCGGUGGGGACGAUGACGCGUCUUUGCUGAGCGUGCCCCAGACUCCGGUCUGGGGUGGAUCGACCGAGUCGAUUACGAUGAGCGCUCGGGUGCGGUGUCCGCUGAGGGAGCGCGCCAAUUGCACCGAGUCCCUGGACUGGGCUUCUCUGCUGGAUCACCUGAGCGAGAGGCACGACGGGCCGUUGGUGCACUUUUACAAGACAAGUGUGAGCCUGCCGGUGCCAUUUCCGUUCCACGAGCAGGAGGUGGUUCCACUUUACAUCUUUCAUCAGAACGGCGAGGUCUUUGUCAUGCAGAACGAGAAAAAUAAAAUUUGGAUGUGUACGGUUUUGGAUGAAAUCAACUGGGAGUGGAUGUUGUGCGGAGUGAGUGAAAGUGGAGCCGAAUUUCGAUCAAGGAAAAACGUUGUUAGUUUGAGGGAACCGUUUGAAUUUUCUGUUACUCGACACGUCGUCACUUUACCGGAACAUUUAUCCAUCACAUCUGUCAACGUUUCACUCAUCGAGUUGAAUUCAGCUUGUGUCAAGGUGUAA